UCUUUGCGUGGUUGCGUCACAGGGUGAUUCCUGUUGAGACCGCGCGUAACCCAGACGUUCAAUACUUUGUUCAAUGCAGUUGCAAAAAGCUGUAUUUUGAUAUUAGAAUAUUGAUAGCGAACUUAGUAUUUUUUCGUCUUUGCUUUGGGUUUGUGGAUACAAUCAAGGUUUCUGCAGUUUUGUAGAUCUGAAAUCACCCGGUUAAAUUCGUUGGUGAUCAACGAGGAUCGAAGAUAGCACCAUCAUCAAAAUCAUCAUCAUCGAUAAUUGAGGUCUGGGGAAAAUAAUACACGGUUCAGCUUAAUUUUAACUGAACCGUGAUCUAACGUUAAUCAUCGAAGAAUCUGAUCACUUGUUUAGUGUUGCAAGUUUUGAUCACAAGACCACUCUGAGCAUAUGGCAGACCUCAUUCGGUUGUGCGGGAGCGUACGUUAUUAACGUUAGUUAUCUGUUAAAUUCAAAAGCAACUGGAAGACAUUUCGCUUUUUCUCAAAGUGACUCCACAAGAUCAUUAGCAGGAAAUUAAACAGCCAACAUCAAGAAGAACCUAGCUUUAUGGUACCACCCCACCAUGUUGGGUAUUAUGGAUCAUCACCAAGACACCGUCCGGAAAUGUAAAACGGAGGCUUUGCCUCCAGAGCGUAGGAAGAGGACCGUGGAGGAUUUCAAUAAGUUUUGCAGCUUUGUCCUGUCCUAUGCUGGGUACAUUCCACCUCAAAAAGAAGAGAGUUCAUGGUCUCCAUCUUCAUCUCCAUGUACACACGAGCUUUCUGAACUCUCGGGUGAAGGGUCUGUAAAAGAUAGCUGGACGGAAGCACACUCCAACCUCAACAACAUUCAGUGUUUGGUCCACAAAGCUGAGACAGACAGCAGCAGCACAGAGUUCAGCCAUCUUCAGUCGGACAGCUCCUCAGACAAGAUGAGAUUGAAAGACUCUCUGAAUCAGAUCCAUCUGGAUAGUAAAGCUGAAAGGAAGAAGGUGAAGAAACUCGGACGCUUAUCUUUAGGAGGGCCGAGGAGAAGCCUCUCCGAGGCAAGAGCACACAAACAAUCGAAAGCAGCACUAAAGAAAAUGAAGAGAUCAGUAAAGGCUGAGAGACACUUUCAAUCCACAAGCCCUUUAAACGAGGGGUUUCAAAAGGAGGAGGGGUUAACCGAACAGGCUGUUCACAUGCAUGAGGCGGGGCUUAAACUGGAGUCCAAUCAAGAAACAGACCUGAGCUCUUGCGAAACGGACACAUUGGUGACUGAUGAGGAUAUUAUGGUUGAGUCUGGUGAUGAUUCUUGGGAUUUGGUUACUUGUUAUUGCGGGAAGCCUUUUGCCGGACGUCCCAUGAUUGAAUGUGACGAGUGCUCCAUUUGGGUCCAUCUCUCCUGCGCUAAGAUUAAGAAGUCCAACGUACCUGAUAUUUUCUACUGCUACAGAUGCAGAGACUCUCUGGGCUCCAUGGUCAAAAGAGACCACUGAGAAUGAAUGUGUGGGUGCAGAUCUUGUGUCUAUUUAAAUGGAUGAGAUGUUCUCAUAUAUCCGUUUUUUUUUUCUUUUUUUUUUUUUUACUUUUCUGAUUACUCUUAAUUAGUUUCUGUUAAAUUAAAUCAGUUUUAUAUAACUCCAUUUGUUCUCCUUUGUUCUGUGUUAAUAGACCGUUCUUGGUUUAUGACAUUAAGUGGUUAUCAGAUUUAAGGUGUACUAAAACUCAUGCACUUAUUUGCACUACUAUACGAGUGUUGUGUUUUUGAUUGUACACAUACCUAAAAUUAUUAUUAGUGACAAAUGUGCACUAUGACCACAUAUUGUGUAGAUAAAUAAAUGAACAUCUCCCGUG